AUGGCGGAUUUCCAGACAUCAACUCAACGAGCCAAGUGGAUUUUCACUCCCCAGAAACUAGCAGAGAGAUAUAAAGCUUCUAACCAUAGGGCAGUGCAAUUGCUAGAGAAGUGUGGAACAACACAAGUUGAAGUAGAUGCAAGUGGAUCACUAACUUAUCCUAUAGAGAAAGCUGAUGCAGGAGGAGAUCAAGGUGAUAAGAAGCUUAAGCCUUUGAGUGUUGAUGAAGAACGGUUCAUGAGAGCUUUUUAUGAGGCAAAGGUCCAAGAAGUUUGUAGUGCCUUUGAGUUUCCUCACAAGAUUCAGGCAACAGCUCUCCAAUAUUUUAAAAGGUUUUAUCUGCAAUGGUCUGUUAUGCAACAUCAUCCAAAAGAAAUAAUGUUAACCUGUGUGUAUGCGGCAUGUAAAAUAGAGGAGAAUCAUGUAUCUGCUGAGGAGAUAGGCAAGGGGAUUAAACAAGAUCACCACGUUAUUCUCAAGUAUGAGAUGGCUGUUCUCCAGAGUUUGGAGUUUGAUCUGAUUGUUUAUGCACCUUAUCGUGCAAUCGAAGGCUUUGUCAACAACAUGGAGGAGUUUCUUCAAGCUAGAGAAGAUGAAAUCCAAAAGCUGGAGAGUUUGCUAAAAGCGGCAACAGCAGAAGCUGAUAAAGUUAUGCUCACAGAUGCUCCACUCCUCUUUCCUCCUGGCCAGUUGGCGUUGGCUGCUUUGCGUUUAGCAAAUGGGGUUCUUGGAGUUGUUGACUUUGAUAGGUACCUAGAGAACAUUGUUUCUCAACCAAACUCUGAGCACACUACUUCAGAGUUUAUAAAAUUACUUGAUGACAUUGAAAAUUUGGUAAAGAACUAUAAGUACCCAAGUGAAAAGGACAUGAAGCAUAUAAACAGGAAGCUAAAAUCAUGUCUGGGACAUAGUUCUUCACAUGACGAGAGUAAGAAACGAGAGAAGAGAUCGAAGCACAAGUCACACAGGAGCUCCAGUGAUACACCAAAGGGUGCACCUAUAAGUUGAGUUUCUCGUUUUGUUUGGCAACUCUCCUUUGGCACUUGGUAGCUUUAAUCUUAUUAUUGAAUGAGCAAAUCAUACUUAUACUUCUUGCCAUGUUAAAUUUGAGCAUAUCUGAGUAAUGAAAUCUGAAACUGGCAGUUUUUGUUAUAGAGACAAAAGCUGGAUCUUGCAACAAAGAUUGGCACAUAAGUUUGUUUAUUCCAAAGAAGAUGUCACUGAACACUUUCAAGUACAAAACUACCGUUU